CUCCGCGGCGCCGGCGGAAAUUGCUGUAUGGAAGGCUGCCUCAUCCUUUUCAUAAGCAGGCAUGGCUGUCACGCUGCAUACUGAUGUGGGAGAUAUUAAAAUUGAACUAUUCUGUGAGCGUACUCCAAAGACUUGUGAAAAUUUCCUGGCUCUUUGUGCUAGUAACUACUACAAUGGAUGUGUAUUCCACCGAAAUAUAAAGGGCUUCAUGGUUCAGACAGGGGAUCCAUUAGGCACUGGGAAAGGAGGUAACAGCAUCUGGGGCAAGAAGUUUGAAGAUGAAUUCAGUGAAUAUCUAAAGCACACUGUCCGUGGGGUAGUUUCCAUGGCAAACAAUGGUCCCAACACCAAUGGAUCACAGUUCUUCAUCACUUAUGGCAAACAGCCACACCUGGACAUGAAGUACACAGUGUUUGGAAAAGUUAUUGAUGGCUUGGAGACCCUGGAUGAGCUAGAGAAGCUGCCUGUGAAUGAGAAAACCUAUCGACCUCUUAAUGAUGUUCGAAUCAAAGACAUUACAAUUCAUGCCAACCCUUUUGCUCUGUAGCCACAGAAUGCCUCAACACAUUCUUCACAGACUGGUCAGAUAAUUCCCAGAUGACAGGACUUAAAGAGCCAUCAGAGGGUUACUUUUGCUGGAUCAUAUAUUUGCUCAUUGAAUGCAGAAUUUUCAGGAGCUAUGACAUUGUCUGGGAGUUGUCACAGAGAAGUCUUGUGCUUCAGAAGCCAGGUUUUCCAGAGUAUCUUCCAGCAUUUUGAUUUUGAAACACUGUUUUUUAUACUUGUAAAAUAAAUUUUAAAAACUUUAAUUUUUUUCCUAAUCUUUGGUUUUUGCCUUACCUUUCUGAGUAAUGUCAUGUUAAAGCGAUGUCUUUUGCUGUAAUUUCAUGCUAUCAGUUUUGUGAUGCUUUCUCAUAAAGUGUCAUCUUCCUUACUCAAAAGAAUGAAGUAAGAUAGGCAUUUUUUCCCCCUAGGUGAGAGCAGUGUCAGAAAUAGAUGAAACCUUUCCCUCCCAGAAGAUUAAAGAACAUAUUUAGAGGAGUGUUUGCUCUUGUGCUGCUGUGUUGGAAUUAUAACUUCUUCAGCCUGCCCAAAAGGUAGAUAGGAGUAAUUUCUUCUGCUUCUGGCACAACACUGUUUCCGUGAAAGAGUAAGUAUUUCUGUCCUUACAUAGCUGUUGAUUGAAACUAGGUAACAUACAUUUACUGUAACUUGUUUUUCAUCACUUUUUUUUCCCCGAAGUCUAGGGGGUAAACACAGCAAAGAGCCCUGUCAAAAAGGCUGUGUUCACAUGAUGUUGAACAGUGCUGUACUGAAAGGAGAGUGAUCCUACUGGGACAAAAUUACGAACAAACUUUUCUAAAUUGUAUUGUUUUCCUGGACUUAGUCUAAGCUGGAGAGCAGAGGGCAAGAAGAAAACAAGGAUGCGUGACCUGUUGAACAGUGACAAACUGGCACGUAGGGAAAGCCGAUUGCAGAGCACCGCAGGGCAGCACAGAGAGGAUUACCAGCCCCGUCGGCCGGGUAAGAAAUGAGCGAUCCACGGCCUCCCCCUCAGGCCGCCAUGUUCUCUGCGGCGCCUUCGCGGGCGGGCAGAAAAUGGCCUCGCCCGCUGUGCACCUUUCCCGCAGCCCCUGCCGGGGCCGAGCCCGGAGCCUUUCCCCAGGGCGGGCGUUCGGGGCCCGCGGGCAUCGGGGGCCGGCCCCCGUCCCCUCGCUCCGCGUCCCCUCGCUCCGCCCGCCCGGGGCCUCCCGGUGCCGGCAGCGGCCGCCGCCCUCCGGCCUGAGGGGCUGCAGUCGGCGUGGGGCUGAACAGCGGAGAAGGUGGGCGGGUGGCGAGUUAGUUCGCUUUCCUUCGUGGGGCAAACUAACUGGGAGAUAACCCCCGUUUUAUUGUCUGCCAUAGAAAAGCUUCGCUGACAUUUUGAAAAGCCCACGGGGGCAGUAUUUGCCCUUGUUAAGCACGCAGAAGCCUUUCUUGUUCCUAGGGUAGUGCAGCACUGGGGGCCCGAGUAGCUUGGAAGGAGUGUCCGAGCCACAGUAUGUCUUUAAAAGGCUUUUUUUGAAGGAGAAGUUACAGGUUUAAGUUCCCCUGUCAAAAUCAAUUAACGUGAAAAAAGCUCUUGAAUUAAAAAUAACUUCCAAGAAGGAUCAGAAAAGAACAGCCAACAACUGGGAUGUUAAGGAAAAACACCAUUAUAGAUUAAAUUAAUGCCUUUGGAAAUUAACUGUCUGUGGGAUGUAAUUCAAAGAGCAAAAUAUCUUUGUUUACACUUGGGGAAUUCCCGUCAAAGUAAUGGUUCUGACAGGGAUAAAAGAAAAAGACCACUUUGCAGAAGGUGCAGCAAUGCUAGGAAUGGAAAGGGGCACGGUUCAGAAGUGCACAGGACAAAAAGUGCUGCAAACAUCUUUCUGAAACUCCUGGCAGGUGAAUCACUUCUGGACUUCUGAUAUCAGCAGGUGUGUUUUAAGAUUUUAUUUUUCUGAUCAGGUCAUGUGAUACCAGGUUAAUUUUUAAGUUGAAGGUAUUUCGAGAAAGCAGUCUUGCAGCUUAAAACAAAAAGCUGCCUUUGUAGGGGUACUAGAAUGGUUUCAGUUAGUUACAUUUACUGGAUUUUUUUUUUUUUUUUUUGUAGCAAUGAUUCAGAAACCAAUUCUGUGAAUGAAAGAGGCUGUAGUCAAUGACACAGUUUUGAAGUCCCAGGUCCAAAGAAGGAUGUGACACUGAGCAUCUGAGUAGCCAGGGAUUUGGUCUAAUGUGACAGGUGGUAGCAAAAGGAAACACAUGACACUUAGGAUGACACAUCCUAAACCUCCACCAAUUUUCAUGUAGGUGUUUUGUUGUUGUUUUUUGUGGGUUUUUUUUGUUUGUUUUGUUUUCCUAGCAUUGCAUUUCCUUCAGUGAAAAUGUAUAGUUUGCACAUAUGCUUGUGAUACUGCAGAACAUGGUCCUGCUGUUUGUUCACUGAAUAUAUUUGAGCAGACUGAUGAACAAUAACCAUUGAUUGGAGUAUCAGAAAUACAGGCAUCACUUUCAUGCCUUCAGAAUUUAUAUUAUGACAAGUAUUUGCUUAACCCCUACUCUAAAAUCCAAGGACAAGCUUUUAACCUAGAUCACUGAAAUAGCAAGGGGAUCAUGCCAGACUGACUUUCUAAAGUUAUCAGUGGAAACGUGUAGAAUUAAAUGUGGAUGGUAUCUUCCCACUAGCAGGGUGGGUUUUUCUGAUUUUUGUUACACUGUUAAAAAACCUGAAGAUUGUAAGUUAAGAUCUUAAGCCAAGACAGCAUAAAGCAAAAAGUAUAUGCUUUCGUGAUUUAAAAAAAAUAGCUUCUUGUCAAAUACUCAUAGAAGUUGUUGACUCUUGAUUGCCUGAUGGCUAUUUUAAUUUGGACACCAGACUAUUUAAAAAUAUGUAUGUGUGUAUAUAUAUGUAUAUGAAAGACAAUUAUUAAAGCUAUGCUUUAAGAAAAAUGCAGGUCCUGAAAUCAUGAAGUAAAAUUCAGUGAAGCAAUCUUUUAAAAUAAAAACAAUUGUAAUUUUUUGUUGCCUUCCUGCUUUGAGUAUCGCACCUCUGAAAAUCUGUUCCUUGCCAUGUUUUUCUCUUGUAAUAAAAACUAUGUGAAUUUCUAGGGACUGAAUUUGAAAUUGCUCCUGCUGACUGUAUUGUUUUUCUGACCUGAAUUCACCUGAGUUUAUUGACUGGCUGCAUGGUCUUGCUGCUGUUCCAGAAGAGCUACCAAAAGAAAAGAUGCAAGAAUGCAGAGGGUGUUCUGAUCUGUCAGAGAUGUGCUAAAGAUGCAUAGAAUAUUUUUCAGACUGUAUUAAGUUACAUAGAUGUGGUGGGUUGACCCUGGCUGGGUGACAGAUGCCCCCCAAACCACACCUACUCUGUCACUGCUCUCUGCAGCUGGACUGGGGAGAAAAAAAAAAAAAAAAAAAAAAAAAGGUUCAUGAAUUGAAACCAGGGAGAGAUCACUCGCCCAAUACCAUGACAGGCAAAACAGACUCAACUUGGGGAUAUUAACUGAAUCUAUUACCAGUCAAAAUCAGAGCAGGAUACUGAAAAGUAAAAUCUUAACAGCAUCAUCCUCCCCUCCUUUCCUCCCUCCCUCCCAGGCAGUGCAGGGAGACAGGGAAUGGGAGUAUUUUUUGGUUUUUUUUGGUUGGGGGGAUGGGAAUAGUUUUUGGGGUUUUUUCUGUAGAACCUGCAUAUAUUUAUUGUUGAUUUUUCCCUUUUUUCACUGUAAAUGUGCCUUGAUGACAGUUGUCCAGUAACAGUUCUCCAAGUAGGUAUUUACAGUUUAAACAUGAAUA